GGCUAACGUCCACUUUCGCACACGCAACAAACAACGACCAUGAGCGCGACUAAAUAUGCGAACCUACCGGAUAUCGAUACCGCACCAGAUAUCUACGAAACUGAUGAUGUGUUCCCGACAACGCAAGCCAAGCAAGGCGAGUCUAGCGACGAGGAAUCCGGUCUCCCCACGCGUCACUCGAAUCGCGGAAAGAACGCGGAGGUUCCGAGUAAAGAAGAGCUUGACAGCAGCAGUUUGAUAGGCGCUGAUGAGGCGAGUAAGAAAUUCAGGCGAGCUGAGCGGAGAAGUACCCGAGACCGCUCCUUGUACAAGUAUCCAUCUACGCGGAGCGAGUCGCCAUCACCCAGCCAUCCACCUUCGUUAGCUGUCCGCCUUCGCUUGCUUCAGGCCGAAUUGGCGUCUUUGGAGACAGAACUUUCGGAUCCUUCGAAUUCAACUGUGCAAACCGAGGAGGGACAUGUUGAUCCCGGGGAACUCAUCCAGAGCUUGGUCGAUGUGAAGAGUAGGUUGGAGAAGUUCAAUACGAAGCAGGACGGGAGGUCGAAAUUGGUGAAGGAGGUCCUGAAGGAGGAGCCCGAAAAGUUCGAAGACAAGGAAGGCGAAGUAAACAGUUCAUCACAGAAGGAGGGCGAGGAUGAGGGUAAAUCGAAGUCUGAGGUACAGGACUUGGCUGGGAUAGAUCGUCGGCUAGGAGAGAUUGAGAAGCUCGUUGGAUCUGCGAGUACUUCAUUAGAUGAGGCUUCGCCCAUGCCCCCGCCCCUUCUUCCCCUCAUCACGCGGCUCAACACGCAACUCACCGUCCUGACACAACCUCGCCACCUUGAUAACAUCUCGCGUCGCCUCAAACUCCUUCUCACAGAUCUCGACCGCGCUUCAUCCACAAACCACCAGCGCAAGACGUCCCAUCACGCCGACUCCUCUUCGGGUGCAGCACCCCCUCCUUCGGCUCUACAAGAACAAAUCACUCCACUUCUCACUCGUCUCGUCCCAAGUCUUCCUCACAUCCCCCAUAUCCUAACAAGGCUGCGUACGCUGUCGACAUUGCAUACCCAGGCUGCUGAGUUCCAAACCACACUGGAAGGGCUGGAAGAGGACGAAAAGAAGGUCAGUGAGGCGUUGGAAGAGCUCGGAAAGGCGGUGGAUGAUAUGGAGAAGAGUUUGGAGGACAAUGGAACCUUGGUCAAGGGCAAUGUGAACUCGUUGGAGGGACGGAUAGAUGCUCUGCUCGGUCGGCUGGAGCAGGUGAGCAUGUAGAGGUGGGCAUGUUCUGUUACGACGUCUCCCUUUCAUGUUACUUUCCUUCGGCGUAAUGAU